AUGGCGUGGGUUCACGAUUUCAACGUUAGGGUUGCGAAGAGUCCUAUCGGGCGGUGGUUCCAGCUCGAAGGAUCAGGUCAUCCUAAGGAACGAAAGGGUUCCUAUUUUUUCACCGAGAUACGCGCUGGAGUUGCUGCCUUUUUUGCUAUGGCUUAUAUCAUCGCGGUUAACUCCAGCAUCGUAUCCGAUACGGGCGGUACCUGUGUGUGCAACGGCGGACUGGCUGACCCGUUAUGUAAGGUGAAUGAGGAGUAUUUGUUAUGUGCUGCUGAAAUCAAGCGCGACCUCGUCACGGCGACGGCCGCAAUCUCUGCGCUGUCAUCAUUUUGUAUGGGCUUGUUUGCAAACCUCCCGGUCUCUUUGGCCCCUGGUAUGGGGUUGAAUGCCUACUUUGCUUAUACCGUAGUCGGAUAUCACGGUGAUGGGCUUGUGCCUUACUCUGUAGCCCUAACGGCCAUCUUCGUCGAAGGCUGGGUUUUCUUCGCUCUUGCUCUAUUUGGCCUCCGUCAAUGGCUCGCUAGAGCUAUCCCGCGAUCGAUCAAGCUUGCUACGAGCGUGGGUAUUGGCCUCUUUCUAACCUUAAUCGGGUUAACGUUUAGCGAGGGCAUCGGUCUCGUGACGGGUGCGCAGGAUACGCCGAUGGAGUUAGCUGGUUGCUCAGCUGUAGACGCAGGGACUGGGCGUUGUCCCGAUGGAGAAAAGAUGCGUAAUCCGAAGAUGUGGAUUGGUAUAUUCUGUGGUGGUGUUCUGACCGUGCUCCUGAUGAUGUAUCGUGUGAAGGGGGCCAUCAUUGCUGGAAUUCUCCUUGUCAGUAUCAUUUCAUGGCCACGAGGAACAUCUGUCACCUAUUUCCCAGACACCACUGUGGGCGAUGACGCUUUCAAUUUUUUCAAGAAGGUUGUCGACUUCCAUCAGAUCGGCAAGACCCUCACCGUCCAACGUUGGGACAUUGCGGAAUAUGGGGGCCAGUUUGGCUUGGCGUUUAUUACUUUUCUCUACGUCGACAUCCUUGACUGCACGGGAACCUUGUAUUCGAUGGCACGAUUUGCCAACGUUAUCGAUCCCGUGACCGAGGAUUUCGAGGGCUCAACCAUAGCAUACAUGGUUGAUGCGAUUAGCAUAUCUAUCGGAUCUCUCCUGGGAUGCCCACCUGUAACUGCUUUCGUCGAAAGUGGAGCUGGUAUCGCUGAUGGUGGACGGACCGGCCUUACCUCGAUGACUACGGGCCUGUGUUUCUUCAUCUCCAUUUUCUUCGCACCCAUCUUCGCGUCAAUCCCUCCAUGGGCUACAGGUUGCGUAUUGGUUUUGGUCGGAUCAAUGAUGAUGCGGGCAGUGACUGAGAUUAAUUGGAAUUAUAUUGGUGAUGCCAUACCAGCUUUUGUUACUAUAUUUGCAAUGCCCUUUACGUAUAGCAUUGCCGAUGGUCUCAUUGGCGGCAUUUGUUUAUAUAUCUUACUCAACACUCUGGUGUGGCUGAUCGAGAAGCUAUCCGGAGGACGUAUUGUCCCGCCUAACAAGGCUGAAAAAGACCCCUGGAAUUGGAAACUCCGUGGUGGUAUAUUACCACCUUGGGUAAUGCGCCUCUAUACUGGUAAGAGUGAUUUAAUUCAGGAUACUCCUGCGACAGAAUCGAGUGUUGAUGUACCUGGAGGAGACCACAUGGCGAAGACGAAAUCGAAAGAACAUGUAAGGGGUUACACCCAAGAGUCUACACUCCAGGUACAGGAGAAGUCUACUUAA